AUGGAUCUUCAGUAUCUGCCAAUGGGUUUUCAGUCGGAACUUGUUAUAGCCGAGAGGGUCAGAUUUAAUGAAAGUCACUUAUCCAAAGCACCUACUGAUUUGCUUCUACUACAGGUACUAUCUCAUGGCAAUGCAAUCGCUUCUAUGGGCCAAUACUCAACUGAACUAUUCAUCACUAUUGACGGUCCACAAAUGGCCCCAGCGAACGUGAUUGAAUCUACACCUGGCCAACUGCAGACGCGUAGCACAUACUACACCUAUGGACGGAUCAUAUUGCCUCCGUACCACUCCGUACCCAUUCUUCACUCCGACAGGGCAGUUCUAGCCGUUCCAGCUGUUGAUUCACCCACGUCCAGCACAUAUCCGAACCAUGUUCUCAUAACUAGCAUUGGUAGAGUACUUGAUUGUUACUACUCAGACAUCGCCAGGUGUUGGGUUUUAAUUGUUCUGCAUCGAGACUGGGAAUCUAGUUCCUUCAGCACAGUUUCUUUUCGAGUUCGGUACACAAUAAGAAAUGACACCAUGGGGACGCUCGGCCUGGAAAUGUUCCAACUGGACGCCCUGGUGUCGCUCAGCGGAACUUUGUCGGGCUACGCACAGUCUAGUCAAGAAUGGACAGUCAACUUACCUCAAGAUCUUUAA